AUGAUGUUCUCUCUUGUCUGGGUAUGUCUUGCCGCACUCGUUUCAGAGGUUCGCGGGGACUUUGUGUCAGUCAACUAUCACAAGUACAAUGAUGGAGAAUUGGGGCACCGUCCUCAUCUCGAAUUCCACUCAAGCAGCGAAUAUUCACCCGUGCUGCAAGCCAACAUAUGGGACAGGGAUGCCAUAUCUCAAGAGGGCUCUCAUAUCUUUCUUCGACAUGACGGCAAUGAAUCGUCGCCACUCUCAUCACCGCUCAUCCUGGACGCCAACGAUCUGAGCGCUGUAUUCAUGAAUCGAUCCUUUCAAAAUGUCUUCGGUACUCGAGUACAGGAGAAUUUCGGCAAGAAGUACUUGACUUUUUGGGCGGGAGACAAAGGCGAGGGGAUUGGUGACGGCUAUGGUUUUGCGUAUGACGAUACCUAUCGCCUGACCUAUAAAGUAUCGGCACAGAAUCUCAGGGUACACAGUGACCUCCACGAGUUUGCAUUCACAGGAAAUGGAACGGCGUUGGUCACCGGAGUCAACAAGAUACGCGUCCGAGGUGCGAACUACAAGGGAUGGAAUUUACCCUUCUCAUUCGAGAUUCUGGACGGUGUUGUCCAGGAGAUUGACCUCGAGACAAACAAGGUACUUUUCAACUGGCGCGCUCUCGACCACGUGAACCCUCUCGACUCGUCCGAGGGAAGGGGCUUGGGCUGGGAUGCCUAUCACUUGAAUAGCAUCGAAAAGACACAGGCUGGAAAUUACCUUGUCUCGAUGCGCCACCUCCACUCCAUUAUCUUGAUUGACGGAAAAACGGGCAAAAUUAUCUGGACAUUGGGUGGUAAUCAGAAUGAUUUUGUCGAGCUCCCUCCACCAAGAGGAGCCGAGUCCGCCCAACCCGUACUAACAAUGCGCUGGCAACACCACGCUCGGUUUGUCCCUGGAACCAACGAGACCCAGAUGACAUUAUUCGAUAAUCACGUCAAGGAGACCUCACACGGCGAGUGUGACACUAACUGCUCCCGUGGUCUGCAUAUCGCUAUCGAUGACACAGUCUCGCCUCCAACUGUCCGCCUUUUACAAGAAUUCCAGCAUCCGUCAAAGCUGCAAGCCCAAAGCCAGGGCAGCGUCCAGGCUCUUUCGCCUACUUCUGGUGGCCUUGGCAAUGUUUUCAUUGGUUGGGGUCGGUGCCCAACUUUCACAGAGCAUAAUGCCACCGGUGAGACGGUCAUGGACGUACAAUUCUCGCCGUGGCAUAGCCUCGACGUCCCUGAUGCACUCGACAACUAUCGCGCUUACAAGAUGGACUGGUCAGCAACACCUUGGUGGGAUCCUGCCGUUGCCCCGAGGAAGAAUUGGAAGGGGGAGUUGGUUGUCUAUGUCAGCUGGAAUGGCGCUACUGAGGUAGCGAGCUGGGUGAUUCGAGGAGCGGCUGGGAAUCUGCAGGUGAACAGAGGUGAAAUUGUGGCCAAAUCACGACGGACUGGUUUCGAGACGAAGUUGACGAUUGGAGAGACGGUCUGGCGGUAUCUAUGGGCCGAAGCUAUCGAUCGCGAUGGAAACGUGCUUCGGUCGAGUGACGUUGUGGAUUUGGAUACGGCUGAGCUACCCGUUGCCUCGGAUUUGUAUAGCGAGUCCGACUCCGGGAUCCCUGAUAUAAUGGCCCCCGAGGCGCUGUCAAAAACUGGCUUUAUCUUGAUCGCUACGGGAUCGGGAGCCCUGGCCGUGGUGAUGCUCGUAGGGGGUGUCAUCCUGUGGCAUCGCUCUAGGAACUACAACCGUCUCAAUACCGAGGACUUUGUCUUGGAUACGGACGAGGAGUCAGAGGAUGAAAAUGACCAUGACGAUAAUGAAUCGGGACAUGAGGAAGGGAUUGCAUUGGGCGAACCUGGAAGCGUAUACUUUCCAUCAAGGCAGGACAAAGCUAGCUAUUCACGUCUCCUUCAGGCAGUGGAUGGAUACUAA